AUGGGUGUGGUACAUGUGGAGGACCGCGAGGCUUUUGUGGGCAUUGCACCGGAUGAGAAGUCGUUGGGGGAUAACGUCAGUGAGUAUGUUUGCCAGUUUCUCGAUUCCGCCAGGAGAAAUGAACGGGACGAGAAAUGUAUGUCUUUGAAACAAGGGUUGAGCAUGUUCCCCAAGGCGGUGAUGUGGUCUUUGGUGGUGUCCAGCGCUAUAAUGAUGGAAGGGUACGAUACCAAUUUGAUGAACUCGCUUUAUGGGUUCCCGGCGUUUGCCAAAAAGUACGGCGAGUAUUAUGAAGCUUCCCUGAGGUACGAGAUUCCUGCUAAAUGGCAGACGUCGAUCAAUAUGGCCAUCAAUGUGGGAACGCUACUUGGGUUGAGUGUGAGCGGGUGGCUUAUAGGGAAAUGGGGCAACAAGAAGGUGAUGUUGGCGGCGUUGGUGGUGUUGGUUGGGUUUAUAUUCGUUCUUUUUUUUGCGGUUUCCAUCCAGAUGCUCUUGGUAUCGAUGAUUCUUUUGGGGUUCCCGUUGGGGACGUUCCAGGCCAUUUCCACCGCUUUGGCGGUGGAGUUCUGUCCCAUGGUGCUUCGGGUGUACUUGACCAGUUGGAUAAAUGUAUGCUGGACCAUUGGCCAGUUGAUUCUGAGCGGAGUGUUGCGUGGGUUUGUCAACGGAGACUCUGAGCUAAGUUUCAAGGUGCCAUUUGCCAUCCAGUGGGUCUGGCCGGUCCCGAUCUUUGUUGCCGUGCUAUUUUGUCCGGAGAGCCCUUGGUGGCUAGUUAAAAACGGCCGGUUGGAGGAAGCUGAAAAGUCGCUACUUCGAUUGAUUUCUAUUCAAGAAAGCCACAAGCGGCAUCUUGCUGAUGCAAUGGUGAAAAAAAUUCAAAUGACUUUAAAGGAAGAAGAAGCGUCGGCAAACGACACUUAUGUAGACUGUUUUAGAGGUCCAAACUCGAGGAGAACUAGAAUAUCCGCUUGUACUUGGAUGUUUCAAAACCUUUCUGGGUCGGCCCUAAUUGGCUACUCUAGUUACUUCUACAUCCAAGCCGGUCUUUCGACCGAUAAUGCAUACACGUUUUCUAUCAUCCAGUACAUUCUAGGGAUCUUGGGUACCUUGACCAGCUGGGUGGUAUCCCAGAGGUACGGUAGGUUCCAAAUUUACUCGUAUGGAUUGGUGUUCCUAUUCUUACUACUCAUGACUAUAGGUGGAAUUGCCUGCUCUUCAAAUGAAAAUGCUCCAUGGGCAAUCGGCUCGUUGCUUUUGGUAUAUACGUACUGCUACAAUACUUCGAUUGGGCCUCUCACCUACACCAUUGUUGCCGAAAUCCCCAGUACGGUGCUUCGGGUGAAAACAAUCAUCAUUGCCAGAAACACUUAUAACAUUGCCGGUAUCUUCACUUCUUUAAUCAACCCUUACAUGCUCAACCCAUCUGCAUGGAAUUGGGGUGCCAAACUGGGCUUUUUCUGGGGCGGGUUUGCCCUUUUGGCCUUCACUUGGUCCUACUUUGACUUACCGGAAACAAAAGAUCGAACCUUUUACGAAAUCGAUUAUCUCUUCAACAACAACGUGCCAGCACGGAAGUUUAAGUCUUGCCAAAUAGAUGCUCCUGCAGCCCAGCAGUACUUGGACAACCCGCCAACCAAACUAAAUACCUAA